GAACUGCAAUACGCUUACUGUGAGAACAUAGACGACGGCCGGGGAUACACGUCCGGAAGGGCCGGAUUCUGUACGGGAACGGGAGAUGCGGUGAUUGUGGUCAGGAAAUACACGGCUAAAAAGCCGAACAACCCGUUGGCUAAGUAUCUGAAAGAGAUGGAGAGAUUGGCCAAAGAGGAGAGCGACGACACGAGUAAAUUAGGCGGUUAUGUAAAGGCCUGGAAAGAGGCGGCGAAGGACUCGGAGUUCAGAAAAGUUCAGGACGAGGUGUCCGACGAUCUGUACUACAAGCCAGCGAUGGCAUUGGCGAAGAAGUACGGCGUGAAGACACCAUUGGCUGAAUGCGCUCUCUAUGACUGCAUUAUACAACACGGAGACGGAGACGACGGCGACUCCAUUAACGCCAUACUCAAGAAGACGGGACACGUGUCGGGCGAUGAGAAGGAGUGGCUGAAGAAGUUCCUGAAGAACAGACGCGCCGACCUCAUGGACCCCGAAGAUCCCGACACACGAGACGAGUGGAGACAAUCCGUGGAUCGGGUCGACGCCAUGACCACCAUUUUGAAAGAUGACAAUAUGGAUCUGGACGGACCCAUUAAAAUACAUACACCCAACCACGAUGCCACCAUUCCU